CAUAAAGAUCAAGUAAAAUAUUUUUAGCUACAUUAUAGAGAGACAAAGGGUUAGGGUCCUGCAAAGGUAUCUUCAGUUCCUAAGUAGGCUACUCCCAACUACAUAAAAAUAAUCUUAAAAAUUAACAAAAAAAUCGGAUAAAAUCCCGAAGGAGGAGGACAGUGAAGAGAAACAAAAAAAUCAAAAACGGGUUGGACACCCAGAAAACAGGACGACAGGCUGAAAUGAGGCCUAGUAGUAAAUGUCCAUGUGUCCAUGGUGUAUACCCAAGGCUGAAAGUGGAGUUCCUCUCUAGUGUAUACAUGCAAACUACAAAACUAAAAGCAAACUAAUUAAAACAAACAGCUAGAAUCGUGCACAACUCUUCCCCCUCCUCUGCCAAGGGAAACGGCAGCCAUGUCUACCGGAGGAGGAAGAGUUGGGCUCUCCACCCUCCUCAGCCAUGUCUACUGGAGGAGGAAGAGUUGGGCUCUCCACCCUCCUCUGCCAAGGGGAACGGCAGCCAUGUCUACUGGAGGAGGAAGAGUUGGGCUCUCCACCCUCCUCUGCCAAGGGGAACGCAGCCAUGUCUACCGGAGGAGGAAGAGUUGGGCUCUCCACCCUCCUCAGCCAUGUCUACUGGAGGAGGAAGAGUUGGGCUCUCCACCCUCCUCAGCCAUGUCUACUGGAGGAGGAAGAGUUGGGCUCUCCACCCUCCUCAGCCAUGUCUACUGGAGGAGGAAGAGUUGGGCUCUCCAUCCUCCUCUGCCAAGGGAAAGGCAGCCAUGUCUACUGGAGGAGGAAGAGUUGGCCUCUCCACCCUCCUCAGCCAUGUCUACUGGAGGAGGAAGAGUUGGGCUCUCCACCCUCCUCUGCAAAGGGAAAGGCAGCCAUGUCUACUGGAGGAGGAAGAGUUGGGCUCUCCACCCUCCUCAGCCAUGUCUACUGGAGGAGGAAGAGUUGGGCUCUCCACCCUCGGCCGCCAUGUCUACUGGAGGAGGAAGAGUUGGGGCUGGGGUCAGGGAGCUAGAUGAGGUAAGUAUGGUUCUGCAGGUGGCCACUCUUCACUUUUGAAUCUGGAAUAUAAAGAGUCG